GAUUUCUCUUGACGACGAACACUCUUCGAGGUGCUUCAGUCGCCGGUGUCUCUCCCCGGCGGCACAUCUUCUCCGCAGGCAGUUCUGGCGUUGCUCAGCAAUGUCUUCCCGUGAAGUUGAAGACUUUUACAGCCUCACUCCCACUUCUGCCUCUAGAAAAGCUGCACCACGAGUGCAAUCAUCCUCGGGAAACUAUGUCGUUAGCCUCCGUAAGCCCACAGCAGUGACCCACUCAUGCUAUGGGCAUUUCACCGGUCCCAAGGAGCAGAAUCUUGUAAUCUGCAAAGUCUCUCUUGUGUCGAUCUAUCUCAUGACCGAGAAUGGAUUAGAGCAUCUUCGAGAGUUUCCCAUGUAUGGAAGGGUUGUGUUCAUGGAGUUAUCCCAUUUGAAUAAUUUAAGAAAGGAUGUUCUUUUCAUUGCCACAGAAACAGAAAAACUUUGUAUGUUUGACUGGGAUGUUCAGACUUCAAAUGUCUUUUCACUUGAUACAAUACAAUAUGUUCCAAAUCUGGAAAUGUAUCAGAUAGAGGAUGAAUCAUAUGAAUACUAUGACUUCUGCCAGGGGGGUACAAUUUUUGAUGGAAAAACAAUUGUCUUGUAUUCUAGAAAAAACCGGUUGAGAAUCGUCAAUAUCGCUGAUUCGGGGCAGGGUGAUUCACAAUUUACAAAGACACUCUCCAGUACAAACAUAGUGGAUGUCAAGUUUCUGAAAAGCUACCUACGGCCCGGCCUUGCUUUGCUUUAUAGGGGAAUUGAUGGUAAUUUCUUCAGCGGGAUAUUUGAGAUAACAACUGAUGACGUUGUUGCAAUAAGAUUGUUUCAACUUGAUCAGACCAUCAUGCCUACACUUCUAAUUCCGAACCUUUUCAGCUAUCUUAUCAUUGGGAAAAAAGGUGUUGUCUAUUACAGUGAUAACGAAAUCAAAACAAAGUUAAUGGGUUCUUUGGAUAUACAAACAUAUGGACGAGUGGAAGAGACCAGACACAUGUGUAGAUAUAUUCUUGGUGGCCAUGAUGGACAUAUUUCAGUCCUUGAAAUUAAAAUAAAUACUGCUGAACGGCUGUCAGGACUCACAUUUAAGCCAUUGGGUAAAAUUUCAGUACCCUCAUCUAUAACAUAUCUCCGCGAUGACAUUGUCUUUGUGGGCUCGCGCUAUGCUGACUCACAGCUUGUGAAGAUGCAUCAGCUACAUGGACCAAGUCUGAAUACGAAUACCCCAGCUCUACAAGUGUUGACGACAUAUACUAAUUCAGGUCCAGUAAUUGAUUUUUCUCUAUGCAACAAACCUAUAGGGGUACGAAAGCUUGUCAUGUGCUGCGGAACUCAUGAGGAUAGUUCUCUCGAGGGUGUUAGUACUGGGGUGGGAAUCAGUGUAAAGUUCUUUGCUGAAAUCCCAAAUAUCCAAAGAAUAUGGUCACUGAAAUCUUCAAGUUUAAAUGAUAAUCACCCCUUCCUCGUACUUCAACCAAUAGCUGUUGCUCCUGCUCUUGUAUUUACCAUUGAUGAUACUGGUGCAUUUAUGAGUCACACGAUGGUGGGUUUCGCCUACGAUUCAGUAACCAUUUGUUGCCAUGAUGCUGCAGACAGACUGUUUAUUCAAGUUACUGAAAAGUCUGUUCGACUAAUUGAUUCCAAGACUGGAGUAUUGCGGUCUGAGUGGUUAGCUAGUUCGAAAAUACUAUUUGCAUCUGCAACAAUCAAGCAGGUUCUUCUAGCAACUUUAGACAAGCAACUGGUUUAUCUUGAUAUCAGAAAUGGGAUUUUGGUUCAAGCGAAAGUUCAGAAGGGGUAUGACGUUUCUUGUCUUGAUAUAGGCCCUGUUGGUUCGAACACUACAUACAGUAAGCUAGCUGCAGUUGGGCUGUGGGAAAAAUCUAUUCUGGUUUUAAAGCUACCAGAGUUGGAAGUUCUCACAGUUGAGCAUGUUCAUGCACAUGUGCCUAGGUGUAUACUUCUCUGUGCAUUUGAACAGGUAUCCUACUUGUUAUGUGCUCUAGCAGAUGGAAGCCUUCUGACCUUCAAGUUGAAUGAAGAUGACGGCCAGCUUCAAGAAAAAAACACUAAGGAGUUAGAGGGUUAUCCAAAAACAUUGCGUACCUUCAUAUCCAAUGGUAGUGUACGUGCGUGUUUUUCAACAUCAAAAGUACCAACAUUGAUUUUCACCAUGAAGCAGAAACUACAGUACAACAGGCUGAAUUUAACAGAUAUUGAAGACAUGUGCCCUUUUCAGCGUGCUGAUAUUUCGGAGGGUUUAGCAAUUGUUACAAAAGAUGGGGUUGUAAUUUGCACUAUGGGAGAUAUGGAGACGAACAUAAAAAUCCCCAUGUUCAGCUAUGGUAGGCGUUUGUGUCAUCAAGAAGAAAGUCAAACAUAUGCAGUCCUUGUUGAGGAGAAGGAUGGACGACAUUCUCUGCAACUUCUAGAUAAGGAGCUGAACACGUUAUUUUCUUUUGAAUUAAAUGAGCACGAGCAUGGACUGUCUAUAGUCAGUUGCUCGUUUGCUGGGGAUGACCAAGCAUACUAUUGCGUUGGAACUUCUGUAAAUGUGUUAGACGAGGAGAAUACGCAGGGGAGAAUUUUAGUUUUUCUAGUUAGAGAUGGAGAGUUGAAUAUUAUUUUUCAAUAUCCAACGAACGGAGCUGUCUACUACCUCAAACCAUUGAAUGGGGGACUUCUUGUCACUGUUUCCGUGCAUACCAUUCAUUACUUUGAGUGGAUGUUACAUGAUGAUGCUCGGGAGCUCCAUUCCAUUAAUCCCGAAGUAGUUGGUAUUGAAGAUGGUGGAUGGGAACAGAGAUUUGCUGUCACUUCUUCGAGGAUCCAAAAGUACGAGUUGCAUGAUGUCGACGUCAACAUCGAGCCGCCUGAAUUGAUGAUGGACAACACAGCCAUGAUAAUGCUACAAAAUGAGUCUUAUUUCUACGCAGAUGGGUUAUAUAGCAUACAUUCAGCAGACGGAGUCAACGAUCAUGGCUACCCAAAUACUGUAGGACAAUGGUACUUGGGACAAUCUAUUACGCAUAUGAAAGCUGGAACACUUUCAAGACUGUCAGAUGAGGAUUCUGCAAUUGUACCGUCUGUCAUGUUUUCUACCGUGAGUGGAGCAGUUGGCAUGAUAGUGUCACUUCCACCAGUAAUCUACGAGUUCUUACAUAAGCUAGAGCAGUACAUGAGAGAACAGAUAAGGGGAAUAGGAUGCCCCAAUGAGGACUUUCCACGAAUGUGUGUUGAGUUACAAAGCCUUAGUGAAUCGACGGAGUUCCUAGAUGGAGAUUUCAUAGAAUCUUUUCAGAUUCUAGACAUAGAUGAUCAGGAAGAAGUUGCUGAAGAGAUGGAGGUCACUGUUGAAGACAUCAGAAAGAUUGUUGAAUACCUCAAGCUGCUUCAUUGAGAUUUUAAUUGGGAGGUCUUUGGAACGACAUUCCUCCUAUGCACGAUUGGUUUGCUUUUGAACAAUGGUGCCAUGUUCAUCAAAUCUAUUGCGUGUACUACAAAUCGUGAUUUUAGUAGUGAAUUUAUUGGUUUUAUUAGACUUUUAGUCGAGGGAAGAAAAGUUAUUUUCUUUGGGAGUAGUUUUUUUAACUCUAUUUUCUUCAAUUUGAUAUAACAGUGUUUUUGGUGUUUAAAUUGCGUUCUUAACUCAAACAUUUAUAAGAAAAUUCAGACAUAAUAGCACUGAUUUGAGA